AUGGAAUCAGAUGAAGAAUUGAGUUUAAUUGUCGAAGUUGAAAGUCCGAGUUUUGAGGUUUGUUCUGAAACUUGUUGCAAUGUAAUAGAAGACAAACGUGAAAAAUGUGAGUUGACUGGGAGCUAUCACUCAAAUAUAAUUAAUCUUACUGAUGCUGUAAUUAGUGACAAAUUGUCUGAUGCUGGUAAUACUUCAUGUUCAUUACCAAUUAUCAAAGCAGAAAAUAAAUCUUAUCAAGAUCAUCAUGAUUAUUCUCCAAUAGAUGAAUUAAAUAACAACAACUACAAAAGUUUUGUCUCCAGCAGUACUGAUAAUCCUUAUUCACAAUCAAUUGAUGAUAAUGUAAUAUUGGAGAAGAUAGACAGCAACGAUGAUGUUCCUCACGAGCUUAACAAUCAUGUUAAAAUAUUAAAAGUCGAAUCAUUUAAUAAUGACUGUAAAAAUGAAAAUAAAAUCGUUUAUAAAAUCCAAAAAUUAAAAACUAAGAAAGAAAAUUUAGAAGUGAGUAAUGAUCAAAACAAUAUUCAUGACUUGUUAUUAAAUCUUCAAGCAUUGAACCAGCAAACUUUAAUUAGAGUAUCUCAAUUAGAAGAAAUAUUAAUUAAAUAUGAGGCUAGAAGUCGGAGACUAGAAGAAUUAUUUGGAGCAUUAGAUAAUUUUAAUUGUAAAAAAUCUGGCUUUGAAUCUAAAAUAAAAGACACCUUUAAUAUUUCUUCAAUGCAAAAUAAAAAGGAUGCAAUUGAAGAAACUUUAAAGGAAGUUAAUGAUGAAACAAUGAACUACAGUAAGCAUCAAAAAUUUAUAAAUAUGAAUUCUUGGACAGAGAAUGAAGAAAGUGCAGUUGGAAAUUUAACAAUCUCUGAAGAUGAAGAAAGGAUUUAUCAACAUGAAGAAUCAUCGAAUGUGAUAAUUGGUUGGAAUAAGGAUGAAGAAAAUACAAUUGAAAAUAAUUUACUAAUAGCUGAAGAAGUGUUUGAUCAAGAUUGUAAUACUGAUGAAAAAAAUUUGCUAAUGCCUGGAGAUAAUUUGGAAAUUAUGGAGGAUAAUAAAAGUAUUUAUCAGUUUGAAGAGUGGCUAGAUAGUUCAGGUUCUGGUUUGGAAAAUGAAAUUAAUUCUAUUUUAGAAUCAAAUGAAAAUAUUUCGCCGCCUAGUUCGCUUGAAAAUUUUGAAGAUUUGCCUGAAAUUAAAUCCUUAUUAAAUAAUGAGGAGGAUAUUAAAAAAGAAAAUACUUUUUACUCGAUUGAUUUAUUAAAAAAUACUCCACAUGAUCUAACACCUGUAGGCGGCUUUUUAGCGUUCAUUCCGUAUUAUCAACAAUCUGACAGUAAUAAUGAUUUUAAAAAAAUCCAAUGCUUUAAAAUACAUCUAGAUAGAUCAUCUUUAAAUGCUCAGAUGACAGCAGUUGAUCAGAAAAAUUUAAUUGACUUUAAUAAAAUUAAUUCUGAAAAAAUUAUCCGGGAAGAGAGGCCAAUUGCAAAAAUGAAACAAUUAUUCGUUGUACUUGAUCGAAAUGCAGUUCUGAAUUAUUUUAAGAAAAAAAAUGUAAAAUCUUUUGUUGAAAAAAAAAAAUCAAAAAAAUUACAGGGAAUAAAUAAAAAUAAGAGUGAUGAUAAUAAGAAAAAUAUUAAAGUAAAAGCGGAGCUUUCGGUAUACAAUUGUGCUAUUUGUAAGAGAAAAUUUACAAAUUUAAAAUUAUUCAAUGAGCAUGCUAAAAGUCACAUCAAAACUGAAUAUGCUUGUGAAGAGUUCAGUGUGAAUUGUCGUAAACCAAAUCUAUUGAGACAGCAUAUAAAUAAAAAAAAGUGCUUAAAAUGUGACUCUUACGAUAAUGAAUCUAGUCAAUCAAAUGGAUUAAAUCGGAAUGUUAGAAAGCCAGGUAAUCAGUAUUUUUUUAGAUGUAAAUUUUGUUCUUUUGCUACUGCAUAUUCAUCUAAUUUACAAGUACAUAAACUGAAGCACGUUCAUAAUGCUUGCUGA